AAAGCUCAGCUUGUCAUAAUAGUUAACACCUUCUUUGACCAGCCUCCUUUUAUUUGACAAUUUUUCUUUUCUGUCCCUCUCUGUUGCCACCGGGAAGGUUUUUAGGGAGUCCCCUCACAUAGCGAGCCGCCCCUUGGCGUUCAGAAGAUUUUCUGGGGUAGCCCGUUUGCAGGAUGCCGGUGCAGCUGACUACAGCCCUGCGUGUGGUGGGCACCAGUCUGUUUGCCCUGGUAGUGCUGGGAGGCAUCCUGGCGGCCUAUGUGACAGGCUACCAGUUUAUCCACACAGAAAAGCACUACCUGUCCUUUGGCCUCUACGGUGCCAUCCUGGGUCUACAUCUGCUCAUCCAGAGCCUGUUUGCCUUCCUGGAGCACCGUCGAAUGCGCAGGGCAGGGCGCCCCCUCAAGCUGCACUGCUCCCAGAGGCCGCGUUCAGUGGCACUCUGCAUUGCUGCCUACCAAGAGGACCCCGAAUACCUGCGCAAGUGCCUUCGCUCAGCUCAGCGCAUUGCCUUUCCAAACCUCAAGGUGGUCAUGGUAGUGGAUGGCAAUCGCCAGGAAGAUACCUACAUGUUGGACAUCUUCCAUGAGGUGCUGGGUGGCACUGAGCAAGCUGGCUUCUUUGUGUGGCGUAGCAAUUUCCAUGAGGCGGGUGAAGGAGAGACAGAGGCCAGCCUGCAGGAAGGCAUGGAGCGUGUGCGAGCUGUGGUGUGGGCCAGCACCUUCUCAUGCAUCAUGCAGAAGUGGGGGGGCAAGCGUGAGGUCAUGUACACUGCCUUCAAGGCCCUUGGCAACUCAGUGGACUACAUCCAGGUGUGUGACUCUGACACUGUGCUGGACCCAGCCUGCACCAUUGAGAUGCUUCGAGUCUUGGAAGAAGAUCCCCAAGUAGGAGGUGUUGGAGGAGAUGUCCAAAUCCUCAACAAGUAUGAUUCAUGGAUCUCCUUCCUGAGCAGUGUGAGGUACUGGAUGGCUUUCAACGUGGAGCGGGCCUGCCAGUCCUACUUUGGCUGUGUGCAAUGUAUUAGUGGGCCUUUGGGCAUGUACCGCAACAGCCUCCUUCAGCAGUUCCUGGAGGAUUGGUACCAUCAGAAGUUCCUAGGCAGCAAGUGCAGCUUUGGGGAUGAUCGGCACCUUACCAACCGAGUCCUGAGUCUUGGCUACCGGACUAAGUAUACAGCACGCUCUAAGUGCCUCACAGAGACCCCCACUAGGUACCUUCGAUGGCUCAAUCAGCAAACCCGCUGGAGCAAGUCUUACUUUCGGGAAUGGCUCUACAAUUCUCUGUGGUUCCAUAAGCACCACCUCUGGAUGACCUAUGAAUCAGUGGUCACAGGUUUCUUCCCAUUCUUCCUCAUUGCUACAGUCAUACAACUUUUCUACCGUGGCCGCAUCUGGAACAUUCUCCUCUUCCUGCUAACAGUGCAGCUGGUGGGCAUUAUCAAGGCUACCUAUGCCUGCUUCCUUCGAGGCAAUGCAGAGAUGAUCUUCAUGUCCCUCUACUCCCUUCUCUAUAUGUCCAGCCUCUUGCCAGCCAAGAUCUUUGCUAUUGCUACCAUCAACAAGUCUGGCUGGGGCACUUCUGGCAGGAAAACCAUUGUCGUGAACUUCAUUGGCCUAAUCCCCGUGUCCAUCUGGGUGGCAGUUCUUCUAGGGGGGUUAGCCUACACAGCUUAUUGCCAGGACCUGUUCAGUGAGACCGAGCUAGCCUUCCUAGUCUCUGGGGCCAUCCUGUAUGGCUGCUACUGGGUGGCCCUCCUCAUGCUGUAUCUGGCCAUUAUUGCCCGGAGGUGUGGGAAGAAGCCAGAACAGUAUAGCCUGGCUUUUGCGGAGGUGUGAUAUAACCUCCAAGUAAAGUGGGAAAUGUGCAAUGGGUAAGGGAGGGAAUGGAAAAGAUGGGGUGGGAGGGAGGAGGGUGUGUUGUGUUCUAGUUUCAUGGCUGAAAGGACCGAUCUGAAACGCAAAGAAUAGUGACUGUGGUAUGGCCUGGGUAGCUCUGCUCAGCAGAAGCAUGGCAUUGGGCAGAUGGGCUUGUAUGUUUCUAGGCUGCUCAUCUGCCUGCCCUUGCACAGGUAGUGAACUCUUUGAAAUGAUUUUACUUCUUCCUGGGAACUAUUGAGAACCCAGAAGUGUGCUAAAAUAAGUGCUAAAUUCCAUCCUAUGUCAACUUCUGGUACAGAAACAAGCAAUGACAGCUCAUAGAAUAUAUCCUCCUAGCCCAGCUGAACAUGACAAGGAGUUCCUGUCAAGUGUUACUGUCCCAUACCGGCUACUGUCCCAUUUCCCUAACCUCCGAUUAGCCAUCAAUGCGUUAAGACUGUGCCUGAGAUAAUGAGGCUGGGAAGCCUGACCUUUGGUCAAAAAACAGGGUCUAAGAAAUGGUGCUUUAUGUAAUUAAUAUAUUCCACUCCACACCAAAACAUCCCAGGGAUGAGCCAAGUCACCAGAAGUAAGGAAUGAGUCUGGUGGGGAUUUUAUCUGUUUUGGGUGCACAGUACAAAGCAAAGUCUGCAAUGCACCAAACAAAAGCCGCCCAGUUGUUCUGCUGCACAUUUGUCAUCCCAGCACUUAGAAGCAGAAAGAGAUGAGAGGGUCAGGGUUAGGCUAGACUACAUGAGAUCCUGACUGUCUCAUACAAAAAUGGUUUGACGGGAGGAUCAAAGAUUGCGUUGGUGCUAAAAACCAUGGAUGCCUUGGAGUGAAUGUGUUCCAACUGAAAACUGCUUGGUCUUUUACAAAAUUCCCCAAGUUGUCAAGAGAACUUGCUGGGCAGACUGGAUGUUUUAGCCAUCUACCGGGAAGACUCAACCCCAGUGGAUUCAGAUAAGAAGUCUUUAGUUAUUCUAGCUCAUUCCUACCUGAAUGCCUCUCACAUAUGGCUCUCAUCCUGCUUGCUAUUUCAAUCUCUUCAGAGCCGCGCAUGUCGCUUAGUUGUUGUUUUCUGGUGGGGAGAGCAGCAGUUACCUCUUCAUUUUCAUGGGUAAAUUCCCAUGUGACCAUGGUAGAGAAUAGACGCUUACAAGGCUUUCAAGGCUGUUCCCUACAUGCAUGGACGUAACAACAGCCUCUGGCCACACUGUUCAUCGUCCAGGACUGGUCAGGACUUCGGCAGCUGGUUAGUUAGCAUCUGUAACUUUCUCGACAAUCAUUCCCAAAGGAAAGCUUUCUGGAGUUGCCCAAAUGAACCUUCAGAUCCAUGUUGGUCAUCUUUGAGAGCAUCCAUUCUCAGUGGCUUCUCCAAGGAAUUCUACGGCUAGAAUAGUAGAUGCACCUCCAUUUGCUGCUUCAGUCCAGAAACCAAAGUAGGAGCUGGAACCGGUCCAACAGUCUUCAGUCCUCUUACAGCCCUCACUGGCUGCCGAUUUCCUUGUUUCUCUUGAGGAACGAGGAGAAGCUUUUACACUCUUUUGAAGUCAAGACCAGAUUGCUUUGGCAUUGAAGCGUGGGCUCGUGACUAAGCCUUUGACUUUGUGGGCUACUUACAAUUUCCCUGAACAUUUGUUCUCUGAGGGACCAGCUAACCCUCAGAAGCAACUGGGUUGGAGAGCAGUGUACAUAGGUGCUUCCUACAAAAGAAUGAAGUGCACUCCAAACCACCAAUGGGCCAUCCCUUGUAUUUCCCUUCCUCGUAUGAACAAAAGGGGUUUUCCAGGUGUAGCUAACAGUUGCCACAGCACACAAACCUCAAGUUGCUAGGAAAACUGCUGGCUGGUGUGAGGCCCAACUCAUGGUGGCUGAGGAGCAGCAGCCGUUUGUGACAGGCAGUUGCUCUGGGGCCUUCUGUUAAGAAGUGAACUAUUUGAGCACUACAGUGGAGACAAUCCAGUCAACUUCGGGGCUCAGACUAAGGGCUUGUUUUUCUUCAGCUUUUACUUGAAGGUUACAGGACAAUGGACUCUGGAUGAAAACUGGUUGUCUACCGUCAGCUCUCUGCCUUGCACUGUGGUCAACUCUCCUCAGAUUAAAGAUGCAGGUACAGUAGUGAGCUUACAACAUUUGACCUCGACUGGAUUUCCUAAUUUAUUUUAUAAGCAGCAAAACUAAACUGGGUCUACAGCUAUAUCCCUGUUUCUUGCAAGGGAAGAGCCUUUAUACAAUUAGACUCAUUUUGGUUUUCCUCAUUGACAAUUUCAGCCUCUUUUGUAUUAUUUCUACAAUAAUUUGUAUAUAUUUUUUCCUGCUUUUUUAUUAAAUAAGGAGGGAACUUUAUUUAACAUUAAGGGUGGGAGGGAAUCAGAAAGGAGGAUAAUAUUCAUAUCAUGCUCUUGGCACAGCCACUGAGCACAAUGCACAGGCCUCGUGACUCUUAAGCAAAGUCACAGUGUACAGGUGUGCAGCUGGAGCUCAUCUUCUUCAGCUAAGCUUUUAUCCGCGGUUCUACCUUCACCUUGCCUAUGACCUGCAAAGUCCAGGAGGUGCCCCUGUUCCUCCAGGUUGCCAGACAGGUCAUAGGAACACCUCAGAAAGUGUAGAACUCUACCAGGACCCUUCUCAGAAUGAUCCUUCUCUGCUUCACAAUCUCUGCCAUCUUUCUCACCAUUCCUACAAGCUGUAGUCAGUGCAGGUGCCACAGCCAAUGUCCCCUCAACCAUCCCCCCAACCCCCCCAGCCUUUACAGCUUCCUCUCUGCCUUGUCCUUCUACAACUCUGGGCCUCUUGAAAGCAAAGCCCCCCCCCCCCCCCCCGUUGUCAUUCUCUUUGCUGAUGUCCAUGUUCUCACUCCAGCAUCAACUAGUGGGGAUUCAAGCUGAGGACCACGGCUCUGCCUUUUCCAGGACCACCUCUGCACUCUGGGUAGUGGUGCUGAGCUUUGCCCAGCAGUAUGAAACCUAAGUCCCUCUCUUGAAUCUAAUGCUCAGGAGGUCGUAUCUCAUCUUCUGGCACCACCACCUCAAGAGUGAGAUACUUAGAGGUGAGCUGAAGCCCUGCUGAACUUGUAGUUGCAGGAUGACCCAGCUCUCAGCCAAUUCUCAUUCAUGAGGCCACUGGUGGUCACCCUAGUUCUAUGGAAGGUGUCUAGCCAGUUCCUCCAGUUCCCAUCUUAUUUAGCUUUUGCUGUGCCGAGGCCACCUGCACAAGGCAGCUGUUAGGGCACAGCUCUUGGCCAGCUUCUUAUGCACCGGGUUCACAUUCACCAGCAGUGCAUUCUCCUCUUCUUGCAAUACUCCUUUUGUCCUUAAAGGUGAAGGUCAGUCUCUCCUUUGUAUUAAUGACAUACUUCUCAGUGAGGCCCUACAGGUCUCAAGCGCCAUGCAUCAGUGUGCUGAUGCCUAACUUCUGGUCUAUCUCCUCCAACAGCUUAGUCCUCUUCUCUGCCAAGACCUUCUGUAGCUCUUCAUUAUCCCAGCUGUGGUGUUCCCAGGGCUGGGGUCAUUCUCCUCUAACUUCUGAGUCAGGAGUACUGUCCCUGUGGCUCUUCUUGAAAGGCCAUGGGAGCUAAAGUUGGAUAUUACAAACCCGUCUUUCUUAAUAGUGACUUUCAAGAGUUUCAACAUCAAUUUGGCUGUAACUGACUGUUUCAAAGAGCAUCUCCUACUUUGUAGCUGCCCAGAAUACUGUGCAGUGCCAUUAGAGACCUGAGUUUCUGUCACCCCGUAGCCCCACCUGUUGUCCACUGUAGGUGCCAUUCCGGUGCUGUUUUUUGUACUCCAAAUGUUGCUGUGGCAGCUUGAUGACUCCUUAAAACUAAGUUGGCCUCACUGGGCUGCCACCAAGUCCUGACACAAAAUGCAGACAAUUUUGGGUGACAAGGCAGCCGCUAUCCUGUUGCUGGCAACCAUGAGCAGCUGCUCCUGGCUCCAUUGUUUUCGUUGCCCUUGGAGACUGGCUUUUUUUGUUGUUUAUCAGGUCAAGAAUUUUUUUUUAUUGCACUUAUCAAAAUAAAAAUUCUUACAUAACUCUGGCGUGUCCAUU